AUGUCGCGCUCGACCCAUGCUAGGGCGAUCCUCGGAGAUGAACUCUAUGGAAAACUGAGCAGUGCAAAAACACUAGUAGUCGGCGCUGGGGGAAUAGGAUGUGAACUCUUAAAGAACCUCGUUCUGUCUGGGUUUGGAGAAAUUACUUUGCUUGAUUUAGAUACCAUUGAUCUAAGCAAUCUGAACCGACAAUUUCUGUUUCGAAAGAAGGAUGUAAAGCAGUCCAAGGCAUUGGUAGCAGCAGCCACGGCACAACCUUUCAAUCCCUCUGUCAAGAUCUAUCCUAUUCACGGGAACAUUAAAGAGCCCCAAUUUGAUGUCGGCUGGUUUAAGCAGUUCGAUAUUGUGAUGAACGCGCUGGAUAAUUUGGAUGCCCGGAGACAUGUAAACAAAAUGUGUAUCGCGGCAGGCAUACCGCUUAUUGAGUCUGGAACAGCUGGCUAUCUUGGUAUAUCUUCUUGCCUGCCUCUCCGUCCUUGGGCUGACAAGGACAACGCGGAUAGGUCAGGUCCAGCCAUUGAUGCAUCAUGCUCUCCAUUCUCCCUCGGAAACCGAAUGUUUCGACUCCAAAAAGUUAAAAAGAGCCAAUGGUUUGAGGCCAGACAACUUUUCGGCGAAGAAGAAGACGAGGGAGAGUUGGACAGGGCUGUUGCGGCUGGGGAAAAUGCUUCUGAAAUUGCUACAUUAAAAGAAGAGGCCCAAGCAUUCAAGACCGUUCGCUCUCUUCUUCGAACACCAGCGGACACCACGGAUAAAGCAGCCUCUGCUGCCUUUGCCAAAAUUUACGACCAAGAUAUCAGACGAUUACUCGCCAUGUCAGAUAUGUGGAAAUACCGCGUGCCGCCCGUACCGUUAGACAGGAGCGCAAUUCUGGAAGGAGUUUUUGUUGAUUCUAGGAACGAAGCCACUUCAGGGAAGGAGGAUGGGCCAAAUGCUGUUAGAGAAAAGGAGGGUCCAAAUAAUGGUGGAGAUAACAGUGCUGGGGCCCCAGCUGGUGCGGGGCUCAAGGACCAGAAGACAUUGACCUUGAAGGAGACUGUUGAGUUGUUUGAUGAUAGUCUCCGGCGGUUAGCCGCUCGUAUCCCAAAGGAAGAAAUCAUCACGUUCGACAAAGACGACGACGAUACGCUAGAUUUCGUCACCGCAGGCGCCAACCUGCGAGCAUACGCUUAUGGAAUAGAGCAAAAGACUAGGUGGGAGGUAAAAGAAACGGCCGGGAACAUUAUCCCAGCAAUCGCUACCACAAAUGCUAUAAUUGCCGGCCUAAUCGUCAUCCAGGCCCUAAACGUUCUCAAGUCUGUUCUUCCUAAUGCAUCUGCCCAAACUGGGGGCGCUCUCGCCAACUCGGCCCCCAAAAACGUCCUUAUCCAAACCAAGCCUCGCGCUCCCUUGGGAGUCCAGAACCUGUGCACGCCAAACCCGCACUGUGCGGUUUGUCGCCCGGUUUAUGUAAUCGUCCAAUGCGAUACGACCAAAAUAACUCUAGGAGAUAUCGUCAAGGGUGUGUUAGAGGUCGAGAAUCCCGAGGAACCGAGGGAGGUUAGCGUGUUUGAGGCAGGAAGGAUUCUAGCCGAACCAGAUUGGGAUGACAACUUCGAAAGGACAUUGGAUAGCUUGAAUUGUGGGCGCGGGGCGAUCAUCAUGAUCGCAGAUGAUGCGGAAGAGGUCGUCGACUUGGCAGUAUGCCUUGAUGGGCUACCUGAGUCUCACCCAUCCGACAGCAAACCCCUGAUCCUACCAUCCGUAAUCCCACCUCUCCCUAAGCGCGCACCCAAACCCAAGGAACCAACCCCAGAACCUCCAGUAGCGACUGGUUCCAAACGCCGUGUACCAGACGACGAAGACGAGAUUCAGGUCAUCGAACCGGGCGCUCAGAACGAGGCCAAAGACGGCUCGAACCGUACGUCAGGCCCGAACGCAACGAAACGUACGCCUGACGACACUUCCGGUUUAGAAAGGACAGCUAAACGGUUGAGGUUGGCGAGUUCCGAAGCCGAGGAGGCUAUGGUCGACGACGAUGAUGAAAUUACUAUUUUAGAGUGA